AUGUCUGUUCAGAAGGUUGAAGAAGGACGACUAUGGGGACUAAGCUCAGCGGAAGAAUCAGCUACUUCCAUUAAGCCAUUGGAUGAAUGGAUGGAUGAUCAAGAGUUGGGGCCAAGUAAUAUGAUGGACCAAGGACAUGAUGAGUUGGAAUCUCAAGAAGGUUUGUCACUGGAAUCAUCAUACAACCUCAUGAUGAAUUCUUUGGUAGAAGCAAAUACACAACCAAGUGUAUCAAGGUCAUCCGAGUUUCUAGAUAUUGCAACAAUAAUGGAGAAGCUGGGAACAAAUUACUUUAAAGGUGGAAGGAGUACAUUCGCAGCUAAUUCAUGGUUACAAAGCCUAGAGAAGAACUUCUCCGUAACGGAAUGCCCAAAGGAGUACAAGAAGGACAUUGCCGUAUACCAUUUGAAGAAAGAUGCAGCUAAUUGGUGGACCAACUUAGAGAAGCAGUACAGAGACAAGGAGCCAACGUGGGAAGACUUUAGAAGAGAGUUCAAGACGAAGUAUUUUCCACAAGAAGUAAGAGAGAAGUUAGAAGCCAAAUUUUUGAAGCUAGAGCAAGCUGAGAGAAGUGUACGAAAAUACGAAGCAGAAUUUUCGAGACUUCAGAGAUAUACAUCUUACGGUGAUGAAGACAAGGCAGCCACAAUUCGAAGAUUCAUGCGUGGCCUAAGACCGGAGAUUCGAAGCAGACUACAAGCAGUAGUUUUCUCAAGUCUGCCUGAGUUAGUCGAAAGAACAGUGAACGUAGAAGAAUCCGUAGCCGCAGAGAACGAUGCAUUAUCGCAAAAUUAUGGUGGCAGUAGUUCGAGAUUAAAAGGAGGCCAAUCAAGAAUCCAAAAGAAGGAGAAGAACAAGAAAGGAUGUCGUAAAUCAAGAAUGAAGAACAUCAAAGUCGGAUGUUAUCUAUGUGGUCAGUUCGGGCACUCAUAUUGUGCGUGCCCAAGUAUGAGAUAA